AUGCCGGGCACAAAACAGUUUCAACAUGUGAUUGAGACCCCAGAGCCUGGCAAGUGGGAUUGUCUGGGUAUGAGGCAGCCCCUGCCAGCCACAGAGAAGUCAAACCCACUGACCCAGGACCUGGACAGAGCAGAUGCUGAACAAAUUGUUCGAUUGCUGGGGCAAUGUGAUGCUGAGAUCUUCCAGGAGAAGGGGCAAGUCAUGCCCACGUACCAGCGACUGUAUAGUGAAUCAAUUCUGACCACCAUGGUACAAGUGGCUGGAAAAGUUCAGGAAGUGCUGAAGGAGCCUGAGGGGGGGCUGGUGGUGUUGAGUGGAGGGGGCACCUCUGGCAGGAUGGCAUUCCUCAUGUCGAUAAUUGCUCCUUUGCUUUGUCAGAAAGGUUUAGGACAGAAACCUCUUUAUACCUACCUCAUUGCAGGAGGUGACAGGCCUGUGGUGGCAUCUAGGGAGGGGGCAGAAGAUAGUGCUCUGCACGGGAUUGAGGAACUAAAGAAGGUGGCUGCUGGGAAGAAGAGGGUGAUUGUCACUGGCAUUUCGGUGGGACUCUUUGCUCCCUUUGUGGCGGGCCAGAUGGACUACUGCAUGGAUAACCCAACCAUCUUCUUGCCAGUCCUGGUCGGUUUCAACCCCGUGAACAUGGCCAGAAAUGACCCCAUUGAAGACUGGCGUUCGACAUUCUGACAAGUAGCAGAACGGAUGCAGAAACUGCAAGAGAAACAGGAAGCUUUUGUGCUCAAUCCUGCAAUUGGGAGUCCUGAAUGUACCAUAGAAACGACCAGAGCCCCGGGCCUCAGUGGGUCAUCCUGGAUGAAAGGUAGAAACGCUACCAAGAUCCUGUUGGAAACCCUGUUACUGGCAGCGCACAAGACUGUGGACCAGGGGGCAUUCCUUUCUCCCAGAUGCCUUCUGGAAAUCCUGCGGACAUUUGAGCGGUCUCAUCAGGUGACCUAUAGCCAAAGCCCUAAGAGCGCCACCCUGAUGAAGCAAGCCAGCACCAGCCCGGAGAAAAAAGGCUGAGUGUACCUUGUUGGUUGGCAGACCCUUGGCAUCAUUGCCAUCAUGGAUGGAGUGGAGUACAUCCACAUCUUUGGUGCUGAUUUCCGAGAUGUCCGUGGCUUUCUCAUUGGUGAUCACAGUGAUAUGUUUAACCAGAAGGCUGAGCUCAUCAACCAGGGUCCCCAGUUCUCCUUCUCCCAGGAGGACUUCCUGACUUCCAUCUUGCCAUCCCUCACAGAAAUUGACACUGUGGUCUUCAUUUUUACCCUGGAUGACAACCUCAUGGAGGUGCAGACGCUGGUGGAGCAGGUGAGAGAGAAGACUGCCAACAUCCAGGCCUUGGCACAUAGCACUGUGGGGCAGUCCCUGCCGACCCCUCUGAAGAAACUCUUCCCCUCCAUCAUCAGUGUCAUGUGGCCACUGCUUUGCUUCGAAUAUGAAGGGCACUUUAUCCAGGUAUGGAGCAUGAGAAAGUGUUGUCUAUAGAAAAGAACUCAGAGGAGGAGGGAUUCCAGAAAUUAGAAAACUCAAGGCUAGUGGGUAGAAAGCUUUGUUGGAUUCCCACAAAGCCAGCUGGGCAAGUUCUUGGGCUACCAGGUCACUGGUCAGAG